UCCGGGCGAUGCUGCUGGGCUCCUUGGCGAUGCUGCUGCUGCUCCCGCUCCGCCUGGUGUUCUCCGAGGAGCCCGUGACGCCGGCCGGCCAGAAGUGCAACACCAUCUACAAGGGGUUUGCCGAAUGCCUGAUCCGGCUCGGGGACAGCAUGGCGCAGAGCGUCCAGCAGCCGCAACCGCCGCAGGGACCGGGCAGCGACCAGGAGCAGCAGGAGCUGGACACCAUCUGCAAAUCCUGGGACGACUUCCACACCUGCGCGACCCAAGUGUUGUCCAGCUGCCCUGAGGAAGCGGCCAACAUCUGGGAGUCCCUUCGGAAAGACUCCCGGAAGACCCAGUUCCAGGGCAACCUGCACGACCUCUGCAGCUCCCGGGCCCAGCUGGCGGGCAACGGGCGGGCCUCGGAUGUGGGGGAGACCAACAAGGAGACCUUGCGGGGAGCGGCCCCGCGGCCCCCCUCCAGCCCUCUGGCCGCCCUGACUCUCGUGGCCGUGGCGGCUCUCGUGUCGUGCGCCUAACCCGGAAGCCAAGCCGGGAGGAGACCUCCCUCCCACUCCCACUCCCACUCGCUGUGGGGCAGAGUGCUGGCCCGGCACCCCCGUUUCCAGAGAACCGAACCAUGACUGAUGCAUCUCCUGAUGGCAGGGACGGGUGGCCCACUGUGUGGAAGAGGCCGGGGCUUACCUGUGUUGCACCUGCCCUGCUCGGAGAAGCCGCGUGGUGUGAAAGGUGAUGCGCCUCUCCGUACGCACUUGGUCUUUCUCGCGGGCGCUCCCUCUCCCCAACCUCCUCCGUCCUUUCUUCUCUACAAACCACUCCAGGUAGAAGAUUUUUCGGUGUCAUGAAAAAGCAGCACAUCCUACACUAUGAGUUUACUCUAAAUUGGAUCCAGAUUGACAUAAAUCCCAGUAGCUUCAA